CACUAGAUGCUGCUGUUUUGUUGUAGCGUUACUGGAAACUUUGCAGUACUGAUCCUCCCUCCUGUUAUGAAAAUCAACUUCCUGGUUGCUGAAUGCCGUCCUUACUUGUUAACACAGACGUUGAAGAAAUUAAGGGAACUAGGCUUCAGGCUCUGGGUCAAAAACGUCAAAGGGAAAAGCAGAUAAAAGUGUUUAUCUGACAGAUCUAAAAGAAACACUUUUCUGUAUUUCAGUUAAUUGAAGUUAUUAUAUUUCUGUACACCAAAGGACUCCACCUUGUGGGUUUAAAUUCCAAACCCAGAUAUGUCACCAGAUUACAGGGAGAGAUACAGAGAACACAUUAGAAAAAAAUAUUGUUCACCUGAAGAUGGGAACCCUUGCUUGAUGGUCCAGAUACCUCCAAAUGAGAAAUACACUAAAGUGGUUGUUGCAAGUGGAAAAGAAAAAGAACGUGAAAUACUGAAUAGGCCAUGGAGACACACACAAUCGCUGUCUGAGCAAAUGCCUGUGACAACCAUAGAUGCGCUCUUUGAUACUGAGAAUGAUGGACCGCAGACGGUUGUGCUCUUUGGCAUGGCUGGGGUUGGGAAAACUGUGAUGGCCAGAAAGAUCAUGCAAGACUGGGCAACUGGAAGACAAUCUCCAGAAAGAUUUGAUUCUGUUUUCUACUUGAGUUGUCGUCAAAUGAAUUUCAUUGUGGUAGAGGCUAAUUUGGCUGAACUUAUUUUAAAUAAUCACUCUGAACCUAGACUUGGAGAAGCAAUUAACAAACUCCUCAUGAAUCCAGGCAAAUGCCUUUUCAUUAUUGAUGGUUUUGAGGAACUGAAUUGUUCCAUUAAACAACAGGAGAAUAACCUGAGCAUCAAUCCCUUUGAGAAGAAGCCGGUGGAGCUGCUCCUGAGCAGUUUGUUUUGCAAGACCCUCCUUCCUGAGUCCUGCUUAAUCAUCACUACUAGGCCAAAUGCUCUGGAGAGCCUUGAGGAUUGUUUGCAGUCACCACGCUAUGCCAGGCACCUGGGAUUUUCUGAAGAAGGCAAAAAAGAAUAUUUCUGCAAGUUCUUUGGGGAGGAAAAAUUAGCAGCACAGACUUUGAGCUACAUUAAAAAGAAUGAAGCACUCCUUGCUAUCUCCUUUGUCCCUAAUGUAUGCUGGAUCAUCUGCAUGGCAUUGAAACAGCAGCUGGACAGAGCUGAGGAAGAUCUGAUGCUACUUUCGGACACACUCACAGGAGUGUAUGCACUUUAUCUUUCCCAUUUGUCUAAGUCUCUUUGCACUGGCUCUGAGCAAUUAAAUCUGAUAGGACUCUGUUCAUUGGCUGCUGAUAGAAUCUGGGAAAAGAAAACCUUGUUGAAGGAACAGGACAUUCAAAAGCAGCUGGCUUUCCAUGGAACUCUCUUUCGGAAAGAUCCUGAUUGUGAAGGCAUCUACAGUUUCUUCCACCCCAGUAUACAAGAGUUUCUUGCAGCUUUGUUCUAUGUUUCUGAAGACGUGUCCAGAGAUACUGAGACUACUAAGAAAAGCAUCAUUUUUUUCUUGGAUGCUUGUAACGAAGUUCGAGGAGAUUUAACAUUAACAAUACAGUUUGUCUUUGGCCUUUUAAACAAAGAAAUAGUGAAAUAUUUAAAAGAACAAUUUGAGUGGAGCAUUUCACCUAAAAUUAAGACUGACUUAAUAGAGUGGUUUCAGUUAGACACACAGAUUCAGUUCAUUCGUCCAGAUUAUGGGCAACUAGAGCACUUUCAUUCUUUGUAUGAGAUCAAAGAAGAAGAAGAAUUUGUUAAGCAUGCACUAAAUCACUUAACUGAACUAACUUUACAAGACUUGACUUUUACGCAAAUGGAUCAAGUGGUUCUCUGUUAUUGCAUAAAUAAUUGUAUGAAUUUAGAAACUCUUUCCCUGUAUAGAUGUUUGUUUCUGUUGGAAGAAUGUGAAGCAGAAGUACUUCAAAGGCUCCCAAGUUAUCCACAUCAGCAACUUCAGAAGACAGAGAAGCAUUCAGCAAUUAACCUACUCUGUCAAACACUGAAGGACCCAGAUGGUAAAAUAAAGAAAGUGGAGCUUGAUGGAUGCCAGUUCACAGACAAAUUCUGGGAAGAUCUAUCUGUUGUUCUCUCAACAAACAUGGUGCUGGUGGAACUUGAUUUGCAGUGGACUAAUCUGAAGGACUCUGGUGUCAGGUUUCUGCGUGAAGGACUGAUUCAUCCAAAUUGCAAACUAAACAAACUGGGGUUGUGGGGAUGUAAUCUGGCUCAUGCUUGCAGUGAUGACCUUUUCACUGUUCUCAGCCACAGUCAGACAUUGAUGGAGCUCAAGCUGGGUUGCAAUUCUUCCUUGGGAAUCCAAGGAGUUCAGCAGCUCUGUGAAGGUCUAAAACACCAAGAUUGCAAGCUACAGAGCCUGUGGCUAGAUGAAUGUGACCUCAACGCAGCUGGCUGCCAGCAUUUCAUCCCUGUCCUCAGCACCAGCCAGAUACUAAGGAAGCUCAUCUUGGACAGCAACAAACUGGGAGAUGUGGGAGUGAAAGUGCUGUGUGAGGGCCUGAAACAUCCACAGUGCCAACUGGAAAAUUUAUCACUGGCUACAUGUGAGCUCAGCUCAGCUUGCUGUGGAGAUCUCUCCUCUGUUCUCAGCAUCAGUGAGACACUGACAGAGCUGGAACUGGAGUAUAACAAACUGGAAGAUACUGGACUAAGACUACUCUGUGAGGGACUGAAGCAGCCCAAAUGCAAACUGGAAAAAUUAGGGUUGGCAGGAUGUGGCAUUACAGCAGCCUCUUGUGAGGAUCUCGCAUGUGUCCUGGCAGUCAAAUGGACUUUGAAACAUCUUGAUAUUGAAUAUAACAAACUUGGUGACUCAGGAGUGAAGCUGCUGUGUGAAGGGUUGAAGCACCCGCAUUGCAGGAUGGAGACAUUAAACUUGUUCACUUGUGAUCUUACAGCUACUUGCACUAAGGAUCUUGCCUCCUUCCUUUGCUGCAACCAGACCCUUGCAGAACUGUUCCUAGGGGGUAACACACUUGGGGAUUUGGGUGUGAAGCAGCUGUGUGAGGGACUGAAACACUCCCAAUGCAAGAUUAAAAAACUGUGCUUAUGCGACUCUGGAAUCACAGCAGCUGGUUGUGUGGAGCUCUCUUCUGUCUUCAGCACAAGCCAGGUGCUGGAAGACAUUGAUUUAUGGCAGAACACACUGGAGGACUCAGGACUAAGGUUGCUGUGUGAGGGGCUCAAACACCCAGACUGCAAGCUGGAAGUUUUGUCGAUGUGGGGCUGUAAGUUCACAGCAGCUUCCUGUGGGGACCUUCAGUGUGUUCUCAGCACCAACCAGAGCCUGAAGAAGCUGCAACUGGAGAAUAACAAACUGGGAGAUUUAGGGGUGAUGUUGCUGUGUGAAGGACUAAAGCACCCCAACUGUAGACUGAAGUUAAUAGGACUUGAUAUAGAAGAACUGAGUGAAGACACAAUGCAAGAGCUUAGGUAUCUGAAACGGAUGAAACCUGAACUGAUCAUAGACACAUAGAUGGGGCAGUCGUGAUGCUGGAAGGCUGAGAUGUGGACAACUACAGAGGUCCAGAGCACCUUUGCUGAAGCAUGUCAGCUACUGACAGGGAUGAAUAAGGAAGAAACCAACAUUCAGACUAACCUUGUAAUGAGCAUCUGAAUAAAAAGCCAAACUUGGAAAGCAAAGCUCUUUUGGAUCUUCAUAAAUUCUAUCCCUUGUACCUCUUCAUAAGACUCCUUUCUUUUAUUUUUGCAGGUUUCCUUAUUGAUAUAGGAACUAAUUGUCCUUUGUUUGCUAAGCAAAUAAUAAAUCUAAAUGCUUUUUAUUCAA